GUCAUUUUAUUUUCAUUUGUCACAAUCGCCAGUUUAUUGAAUUCUUGUUGAAUCCUUUCUAAGAUAAGCGUAAUUUUUUUUUACUUCUCGAAGAAAACUUUAAAAAUGAGUGAAGAAGAACGGACUUUGAUUGAUAAGUCAGAAAGCAGUUCUUUUGAAGAUUUAGCUUCUGCUGCAGCACAUGAAAUUGAGGAAGCAAAGAUAGCUGAAGCGGCAGCUGCUGAGAAGGCGGCUGAUGUCAAAUCAGACGAAUGGCAGGAUAUCCUAGCUUCAGGCGCCUUGCUUAAAAAGAUAAUAAAGCCAGGUGAUGAAGCAUCAGGUGCCAGACCUCAAAGGAGUGAUAUAUGUAGAAUCAGUUAUGAACUCAAGAUACGGGACAGUGGUGAAAUAGUUGAGAAAAGAGAUCAAGUUAAAAUAUAUUUGGGAGACAAUGAAGUUUUACAAGGGUUGGAUUUAGCAUUGACUCUUAUGUAUGAGGGUGAACAAUGUAUUCUUCAGUUAGCACCACGCUUCGCAUAUGGCGAUAUUGGUCUUAAACCUGGCGAUAGUUUAGGCUUGGUGGGUGAUACUGAAGGGCUCAGAUAUGAAGGCCCAGCUAUCGGCUCAGAAACAUGGCUCGAAGCUAAGUUGGAGCUCCAUGACUGGAAUGAAGAACCAGAGCAUGAAACUCUUCCUAUUGCUGAAAGAAUGCAAAUUGGGACCAGACGUUGUACUAGAGGCAACUGGUGGUAUGGGCGUGAUGAAGCUCAGCUUGCAGUUCAAUUAUAUCGACGAGCACUAGACGUCCUCGAUGAGAGUGAGGGUGGCAUAACUGAACCUACUCCAGCUGGAGAUUUAACACCGGCUUCUGAUUCCUUGAAGUCUUUACUUGAUGAGCGACUCCGUGUCUAUAAUAACAUGGCUGCUGCACAAUUGAAAGCUGGUGCUUAUGAUGCUGCUUUACAGGCAGUUACACGAGUACUCCAAUGCCAACCGAAUAACGCGAAAGCAUUGUACCGCAAGUCCCGCAUACUGUCCGCCAUGGGUCGCAACUCUGAAGCCUUAGAGGCGGCCAGAGCUGCGGCGGCGGCGGCUCCUGAUGAUUCUGGCACUAGGAAGGAAUUACAGAGAUGUGAACAGAGAGCCAAUAGAGAUCGUUCGGUGGAGAGACGCCUAGCCAAACGUAUGCUGGGAACCGAUGAAUCGCCUAAGAGUGAUGGCGGCUCGCCUGAUAAGAAACCGUCGCGGGCUAAGAUGUUGGUGUGGGGUUCGCUAUUGUUGAGUAUACUGGUGGGCGUGGCCAGCGUACUCGUCUACCGAUACAAGAUACAGGCCCACUGACCGUCGCGUUACACUUUUAGAAAAUGUAAUCGAGAUUCCAAUGGUGUGAUUGGGAGGUAAAGGUGCACAUUAUAUAAAUAAUAUUUUCAUGAUGUAUCUAUAUUUCGGGAAGACAAAUAUAUGUAGCUAUUUUUUAAAUUUAGUUUUCUAUCGAAAUCCUACAAGAGACAAACAAAUCUUUGCGACUUGCAAAACAUAUUUUUGUACUGUUUUUACUGUCCGUAUUCAGUGUGUAACUAGCUUUAUUCAUAAAUAAUUAGUCUUUAUUUUUCUUUAUUAAAUUCUUUCUAAUAAAGAUGGCUGCUAGUAUUUAAGAGAGGAAUAAUAUCUAUCAACAUUAUUAAUAAAAAUGCCUAAAUUGUAUUUCUUUCAGUAAACUGUCAAUUUUAUAUCGACGUAUGUAUUUUAUGCAAGCUUAAGACUUUAUGAAGUUAUUUUUAUAAAUAUUGUUAAUAGAAAAGUCAACUUUACAUCUACCUCGAACAACAGUUUGCCAAUCAACUUUCUCGUCAUGUAUUCGGCGACCAGUCAAAACUACCAGACCGAUCGAUAAAGGAUUGGUGUGUUAGCACCCUUAUAUUGAUAAAACUUGAAUCUCUGCUGUUAGAUAAAAUUCCUCUCUUUGGUAUUUAUAUAUAUACUAUCACUUUCUUUCUAUCUAUCCUGUAUCUUUAUAUUCAUAUAAGUCCUGUUAUUAUCAUGAUUAAUAUAAAUAUAGUAUAACGUCGCACUUAGACGAUAUUUAUACUUAUCCGGUUUGUUGUAAAAAGGUGAUAGGUUAGGUUAAUAUUAAAAAGUUAGGUAUAUAUUGUGGUUUAAUCAUACCCUUGUACUUUUUGCUAACCCGUAAUAUGCAUUUACGUUUUAACUGUUUGCGUCUGAGUACUUAUGCAUUUUUCGUAUUAAAUAAUCUUAAACAAUAUUUACUGUUUCAGCUCGAGCUAAUCUUAACUGCUAUAUCAUUGACGUGUAUGCGAUACAUUUAUAUGACUAACUAUUUAUUUUAUAGUUCCUUAUAAGUACUUAUAUGUUAUAAUAUAUAUUAACUUUUCGUUAAUAUGUGUACAGGCUUAGGAUCAUAUGAAACUGUAACCGUGUUGUAAUUAUCCGACUGUCAAUUUGUUAGGCCACGUGCAGACGAUAUUUUUAUAUUUAAUUUUUCGUCAAUUUUGUUUUGAUAUAUUAGGUUUUUUAUAAGAAUAUUUGUAAAUUCAACUUUCAGGUUUAUGUAGUCUCGACAGAGUUUACCAUCGCAAUCAAACCGUAUUUGGUUGUUGAUACAUAGCAAUUGUAUUUUUAAGUAAUAUUUGAAGUAUCUACAAUUCAAUAAAGUUUAUUGUUAUUCCCGCAUCUAGUCGGACCGUCAAGAUAUUGUUCUCUAGUGAUUAUAUUUGACAGCUUGGUAUGUGGGGUUAGCUAUGGAUUAAUAGUAAGUGGGUUUAACUAUGGAUUAAUAUCAAUAACGACACAGCAUGCUCAGGAGAUUCAAUCCUGCCAAUGUAAACGUAAUUAUGGCGUGUUAAUGGCAUUUCAAUAGCAGCUUUUUAGAUACAGUUCUUGUUAUUAUAUCAGAAAUUAACAAAAGUGUCUCAUUGUUUCAUCAAGACGCUAUUAUGCGUAUGCGGGUAGUCAGUCGUUAAUACGGAGAAUUAAAUGUCCAUCGUAUCCGUACUAAAUAUCCGUCGUCUGUACGUGGCCUUAUAGACUACAAAAAUAGUAAAACGUCUCCCCUAAACUUUUUGCAGACAUGAUUUUGAGGUGUGUUGCAGGAAAUUUUGUAUUAGGGUAGGAAAUUUGUAAUUUUCUAGUCUUAAUUUUUUAUUAUUUGAUAUGUAUAAUUUUUUAUUAAAUGAACACACUGUAAUAAGAAUUGACCACAAUUAAAAAUAUGUACAU